UUUCUUCGUGCGUUCAGUGGCAUCAGCAGCAGCGGCAGCCGCCGCGCCGGUCACUCGCAAGUGGGAAGGUCACAGCGGGGAGCCGGGGGAGCCUUCAAAAAGCAUCUUCGCGAUGGCUUCCCGCAUCUCUCGCCGAUUCUACCGGCUAGAAGGCACCGAAGACCUCGUGCUCGACCGAGGUGCCAGCGCCGAGGCCGAGAACCGAUGGGUAUUCGAAAUAGCGUGGGAAGUCGUCAAUAAAGUUGGAGGCAUUUACACAGUGAUCCGUUCCAAGGCUGAGGUGAGCGUGGAAGAACUGGGAGACCAGUUCUGUCUCUUGGGCCCCUUGAAUGAGAGCCUGGUUCGCACUGAGGUCGAGGUCUUGGACCCUCCUUACAAUGUCUUUUGGAACAGCAUCAAGGCCCUGAGAGAACAAGGCAUCAAGGUUGUCUAUGGAAGGUGGCUCAUCGAUGGCUACCCUCAAGUCAUUCUUUUCGACAUUGGUUCAGCCGCCUGGAAACUCGACGAGUGGAAGCGCGACCUGUGGAAUACGUGCAGCAUCGGCGUCCCAUGGCAUGACCGGGAGUCCAAUGAUGCGAUCAUCUUUGGCUACCUUGUCGCUUGGUUUUUACAAGAUUUCCUGAAGGCAGUGAAUGCUGAAAAGGGCCCCCCACUGGUCACGGCUCAGUUCCACGAGUGGCUCGCUGGCAUCGGGCUGAUUCUGUGUCGCACGAGGCACCUUGAUGUGGCCACCAUAUUCAUCACACACGCAACCCUACUGGGCCGGUACUUGUGUGCAGGGAACGUGGACUUCUACAACAACCUCGACAAGUUCAGUUUAGACAAAGAGGCCGGAGACAGAGGGAUAUACCACCGCUACUGCAUGGAGCGGGCUGCCUGCCACAGCGCUCACGUGUUUGCUACAGUCUCCGAUGUGACAGGCAUGGAGGCAGAGCACUUGCUGAAGAGAAAGCCAGAUGCCAUCACGCCAAACGGGCUCAACGUCAAGAAGUUCAGCGCACUGCACGAGUUUCAAAACAUGCAUGCCAUAGCCAAGGAGAAGAUCCAUGACUUCGUCAGAGGACACUUUUAUGGGCACUACGACUUCGACCUGGACAAAACUUUGUACUGCUUCAUUGCGGGAAGAUACGAAUUCUCCAACAAGGGAGCAGACAUGUUCAUAGAGUCCUUGGCACGUCUCAAUCAUUACUUAAAGGCUUCAGGAAGCGAGGUUACCGUCGUUGCUUUUCUAAUCUUCCCCGCCAAAACAAACAAUUUUAACGUUGAGUCAUUACGAGGCCAAGCAAUCUCCAAGCAACUCCGUGACACAGUGCAACAAAUACAGUCUACAAUCGGGAAGCGCAUGUUCGAGAUCUGCCUUUCGGGCAAGAUUCCCAAAGGUGAAGAACUGAUCUACCCAGAAGACUUGGUGCGGUUGAAACGCUGUAUCUAUUCGACACAGCGCACAACGCUACCUCCGAUCUGCACUCACAACAUGUUGGAUGAUUCCUCUGACCCUGUUCUGUGCCACAUUCGACGGUGUCAGCUCUUCAAUCGUAGGGAGGAUCGUGUUAAGGUCAUUUUUCAUCCAGAAUUCUUGUCAUCUACAAACCCAUUGUUCAGCAUGGAUUAUGAAGAGUUUGUUAGGGGUUGUCACUUGGGUGUGUUUCCUUCAUACUACGAACCUUGGGGCUACACGCCUGCGGAGUGCACAGUCAUGGGCAUUCCCAGCGUCACCACCAACCUGUCUGGCUUUGGGUGCUUCAUAGCUGAGCAUGUUGCUGACCCCAUGUCCUAUGGUAUCUACAUUGUCGACAGGAGAUUCAAGAAUGCCGAGGAGUCAGUCCAGCAGCUCGCUCAGUAUAUGUUUGAUUUCUCCUGUCUGUCCCGGCGGCAACGAAUAAUCCAGCGAAACCGCACGGAACGCCUGAGCGACCUGUUAGACUGGAAAAACCUAGGAGUGUACUACAGGAAGGCGCGACAAAUGGCCCUGCACAAGACGCAUCCGGAGCUCUUAGAAGGCGAUGUUGGGCCCAAGCUGCAAAUGCGGUAUCCCCGGCCCAUGUCAGAACCGCCAUCACCGUCGGCAUCGCGUACUUCCACGCCAGCACCCUCGGAGCAUGGUAGCGAAGAUGAGGAGGAGGAGGAAGAAAAUGAGGAUGACGAGGAAUACGCCGACGCUGUGGAGCGAGAGGCACUCAGCAGCAAAUAGGCCAUUGACACUUUCCAAUCCCCUCUCCCACACUCUGUGUUGUAGCGAUGUAAUCUGAAAUGCUCCAUGUGGUAUGAGUAAGCAAGCGGGAAGCGAGAGGCCCCGCCAGAAAGGAAGCUCUGUUGUUUUGUCAUACUUGCUUUAGGUAGCCACUUCGAAACAAGUUUCUUUUGUGCUGGCUGGCACUUCCCCUUGUGAAUGACAUCCCAUGACUUCAUUCUGUGUUGCCUGUGUUCUGCAGGGGUUGCCUUCAAGCCAGACUCUGUCAUGUUGUGCUUACGAGCUGAUGAUUUUUGCUGCUUUUAACCAACAUGUGGAUAGCGCAUGGAGGAACGACCGGCUCACUGCUUCACAAGCGAGGUGAACAGCGCAAAGUGUUCUUGCACAGCCGUUCCAACAGUGGCCGCUCUUGAGGCUAAUGCACAAUCCUGCCGGUGGUAGAGUACUCAGAUUGCUACACAUCCCACCCCUAUAGUCAUUCCCUCGUGGUAGCAUCGGUAUAGGAAAAAAAAAAAAACGGUGAUGGCUAUUUCUCUACGGGGUUGAAGGUUCACUUUUAGUCUCUUUACUCUUUGCCACAACUGUAUAUCUUGCAUGCAAUAUUUGGUAGUAUUUUUGUCUGGUAAAACCAAUCUCUGCAGUCAUUACAACUGUGGUCUUCAAUAACUCUGAAGUGAUGAACCAUGCUCAUUACAAGAAAUGUCAAAUGUGCGGUUUCGGUUCAUUGUUGUGAGAAGCCAGGCAGCAACAGUAGUCAUCUGCUAUAAUGCUUGUCGUGGCGUUCCUACUCUUCAGCUGCUGUUCCAGGGUAGCAGUUUUUAUUACAUUUUUUUUUCGUUGAUGUCUAAGCCACUGUUGCUUCCUGUCGUCGGCACUUGUCACCGAGUGUUGCACUAGUCCCUUUCCUGUCCCUCUCCCAUCUUCCUUUCUUCACGUUGAGCUCGUGCAGACACGAUGCCCCCCAUGUCUCACAUUCUUGACUUGUUUCUUCUGAUAAGAGGGAUUCAAGAAAGAUGCCAAUGUAUCUCACAACAUGUCCUUGCCCCUUCUACAACCCAAAGCAAUUUGUAUGUUAAAUUGUUACAAUUUUAAACUUCUCUGUACUAGUGCCAUUGGGUGCAUUGUUUCGGCGGGUGUGAAUGGUAACUGAGGCUCGAAGUAGACAGUUUGGAUCUAGCGAUGUUCCAGAACUGUACCCGUGUGUGUAGUCUGUCACCGCUUUUUCUUUUUGCAAGAACAAUUUACCUGUCGUGUUGUCUUAGGCAUGCUGUGUCUCCAGUGCUGCAGUUCGAGCUAAUUUUUCUUGCUGGUCAGCAUCGUUUUUUUUUAAUGCAUAUGUGAAUUUUUAAAAGGUGUGCAUGAACGGCAUCUAGUACAAAAUGUGGGCUGAUAGUUACGGGAGUUAUUUGCCAGUAUUAGUUAACAAAUGCCCCUUUUUUAUGUUGUGCUGGUGGCCUUUUACUUAGUUGUCUGCCUCUGUAAACAAGCUUUUGGGGCGUAACUGAUAACAUAACUUGAAUGUCAUCCAAGUGUUCCUCUGGGUUCAUUUUCUUUUUAAGGUGGCCUUGAACCACUUCUUAUCAAAGAAGAGAAAGGCAUUUGAAGUGAAAAUAGGCUAUUUCAGAAAUACUUAGUCGCAAAAAGUGCUUCAACGCGUUCAGCAGAUGUGGAGUUAUUGGCAAUCAAACACGGCCUCCACUGUGCUUCCAUUCCUUCUUCAAUGCCUUGCACUGUGAAGGCUAUGGCAGAGUGGGGCGUGCCCACAACACUCCUCCGCCUUCUAAAUGUCACCGUGGUGCGCAGUUCAAAUUUCAUUUUAAAUGUUAACGUAGACACCACGACUUCCCAUUUUGGUGCCUAUGGCACACUAAAUGUAAGUCAAAUGCAGUUGUCCUCAGCGAGCUGCAGUGCAUUUAGCCAGUGGACUCGUAGUGGCACCCCGCGGUGGCUGCAGUAACUAUGCUGCACAGCCAACUGCAGAUACCUAUAGCCACAUAUGGGAAUCCACUUUAUUAUGAAAUGAAGCGUCCAGAAAAGAGUGAGGAGCAGGCUUCUGUUUGAAAAGAGAAUGUUUGAGAGAAAGGUGACUUUGCACUACCCUUGCGAGCUCCACCCACCGCGUACGACAGCUAAACUUGGCAGAGAUGUUUGCAGCAGCGCAUGCUACCUGCAGACUAUGUUAUUUCACCAAGCUCGAGGGGUGGUUCAGGGCCCCUUUAACAUUGCACACCAAUACUCAAGCCUUGUUGAUGAACCUGUUGGGCAAUCUUGUAUACUUCAAAAUUUCACUGUGUGUGUCUCUAAAAAUUGUGCCAUAUGUUGUAUAUUUCUGCAGGAAAUGGAGUCAAAAUGGAAGCAAAAGAAAGAAAAAGCUUGCCCCAUCUAAUUUUUCUAAAAAUUAUAUUGAAUUGUUGUGUGCUACUCUUCCACACACGAAUGAGUUAAAAGGUGCUUUGCAGCCAAAUGUAUUUACAAAUGGAUAAAGAAAGGCGUUGAGUCUUGUGUAGGUCUGUGUUUUACAAAGUCUAUUUCAUUCUAUCCUUCACCUACCCCCAACCCACCCAGCCCAUUGUGGUUUAGGACUGCAAAAUAAAUUUUUCAGGGCAGUGCA